UGUUAACGAAUAACUUCCUGUGUCAUACAAUUGUCUCAAACAAUUUGGCGGUUUGUAGGAAGUCGUUAACGAAACAAAUUCUUUAGCUAAGUCAGCUGCUGUAAGAAACCGAGUUUUACUUCACCGACUCGUUUAACUAAAUUAUUAAUGUCGUUCAGCGGUUCAAUAUCUCUCUGUUUUCUCCUUUUAUCCGGUGCUUUUAUUGAGGAGUGUCAGUAUGCUAUGUAGGGCGUCGUGCCCCGCGGUUAGCUAACUGUGUGUCGUGUGUUAGCUCCGCUCCCUGACUGCACUCAGCUGAGCUCGGAUUCCUUCACACGACUAGCGGGCAGCUGUUUAACUGUCCAGAGGAUUUAUACGUUAAGAAUGAUGUGUAAUGUUCAGGAUGCCGGUGGUAAAUAUUUAUGGUGGUGUCUUCAGAGUCUUGAGUUCCAUCUCGAUGUGGCUGCCAGCACGAAAGGAAAAACAAACAUGAAGCAUCUCAAUCUGGGAAUGAACAUGUUUGAUAAACCAAAUAAGGAGGCCGCCUACCUUGUGGUCCAUUUCUUGUUUAAGAAGCUGAACCCUUCACGUGUGCAGGAUGUCUUUAGACAUUGCUGGCCAGUUUUGGAUCACAAGGCAGAUGCUGAAUUUCGUAAGGUGACGUUUGGAUGGCUCCAGGAAAUAGUGAACGAGAAAGGGAGCAAUUUUCCCAAGGUGGUUGCAUCACAUUUACACUCUUCUUCUGGACCAAGAUUCAUCAAUCUUAUGCUUCACUUAGCUAAAUAUGUCAUGCUCAAAAUUAUGAGGACUUCAAACACAGAUGGCACAUGGGUUCCAGAGGCUGCAGCUGUUCCUGCAAGUUCUCAAGAGUUGGAGAUGAAGCGCUUUCAGAUGGUGAAGAGACGCUUCCAGAGAGUGUCCGUGAAGCAAGACGCUUUCAUUCAGGAAUAUCAGAAGAGAGCUAGACAUCUGGAGAAGUCUUUGAAGGACCACAAGGCAGAAGAUGUCAAGUAUGAUGAUUUGCUCAAGAAAUAUGAGAACAAGACCAACUUGGAAAAAGACCUCCUGGAAAAGAUUCACAAGGUUCAAAGCAUGUGGGCUGAGAUUGACGAAUCUUUGUCCAGGCUAGAAGGAGAGCGGAGUGUGUUGGCCAGUGUGAUCGAGGGCAAGGUUGAUCAGUAUGUGUUGGAUGGAAAGGACAUUAGUGUGAAGAUUCCUGCAGUUCUUCUGGAGAGAAUGGAGAGGUUAUCACCUCAGACCAGUGCUGGCAGUUUGUAUGAGGGAGGUCUGCCAGUCAUCCUGCGUUUGCUUGAGCUUCUGAAUGUGGGAUUAAGACUCCUGAACGAAGAGCGAGCCAAGCUUUCAGGUCCGACGUCACAGCUCAGCCACCAACCUCUCCAGGAACAAGCUUUGCUCAUGAAUCGUUCAAAGGAAACGCUGAAAAACAUGAGGCGCAAGUUGACCAAGGAGGAUAUACCACAGAUUAAGAGUAACAUAAAGAAGCUGGAGUUGGACUGGCAGACAAAGUGGGCUGAAUGUUUGAGUCACACUCCCUUGAGCUCUUUUCUCAAUGAUGAUCCUGUCUUAGACUUCCUUUCUCCAAUGCCUCCUCUAUCCUUCGAAGCAGCUUCUGAAGUUAGCUUCAAGGCUAGUAUCUUCUCACACUAUCCAGCUAAACUUUCUGAGCUAGCAGGACAGACUCCUAAAGAUCAAGAAGUCAAAACAGAUGGUGAUUUCUUAAGCAGCUCUCUUCCAAUAGAGGACAAAACAGAAGACAUACUUUUUUCCAGUUGCUUUGCUUCACCAAGGCCAGUGACUCCAUGUGGUGUUCAUCAUUUAACUCCUACUUGUGUUAAGAUGCCAUCAGUUGCUCCUACACCCAGCCCUUUUCAGGUGAGCAAGAGCAGACCCUUGCCUUCACAAAUGAAGACGUCUGCUGUGAGGCCAAAGGCUCAGAUUCUGGAUUUGGAAUAUGAGAAUCUAGCAAGUCAGUUUGCUGACGCUGUGACCAUGAGUCCAGUGGAUGGAAGAAGAAGCGGUAUGGAGCUGGAGCAGUUGCUGAAUACGUUAUCAGACCCCUUUACAGCAAAGAAACAGCUCCCUCGCACACCAGAAAGCUUGAUUAUGGAUGUCAGAACAUCAUGGAGAAAAGCAGUGGAAGAAGGGAAGGUUGAGAAAAAGCAUGAGAAAUGUAAUGAUAGCCUAACGCCAAUUUUCGAGGUUAAAGAAAGAAGCCCCAACCCAGAAACCUUUUCCUUGAGAGAUUCUUCAAUACUGAUGGCCAACCCUCUCCCAUGUAGCCCCCUUCCACCCCAGCAGGGGACCUCUUGCCACUCUACUCUUGCCUGGGACAUGUCGCAUCUGGAGGCUCUAAGCCAAACCUCCAGCAACAUCAUCCACUUCAGCAUUGAUCAUGAGACAUUUCCAGAGCCAGAGAAUGACGCUUCGUUCAACUGCAGUGAUUGCUCACAGGUGGUGGAAGAACUUCUUCUCCCCCCAGUUACAGCAUGCUCUCCUGCAGUAGAAACUACAUGCCAAAUGGUUCGAAGACAUCUGAAUGAAUCCCCUUUUAUGGGGAGGUUCAAGGACACACACGCUGACUUCAUGCCAUCAGCAUUAAGGAUAAGUCCAGGGUUGGGUAGUUGUAGUGGGGAGAAGGUAUUUUCUCUGGACUUGGACCAAUUGGAGAGUUUCUCCUCUCCUCUACGAGAGGAGCUCACCCUGCCCAAUCUUAUAGCAUUCUCACCUAUGGAUGAACUCUAAUCAGAGUCUGGUGUCUUAAUUCAUAGUACAAACAGUUCAGGGAACAACUGCUGUUUUUCACCUUUGUGUUACAGUGCCACUAUUGACAGCUUGGUUGUGGGGAACUCUGGAAGUUGAAAGCUGUAGAAACUUUUACUCUCUAACCGUACAGCUUUUCUCUUUUUAAAGUAGCUCUGUUCAGUCCUAACAAUGUGUUUUUCAACACCUGGUUUGUCUUAAAGUUAAUCAAAAACCAAGAUUAUUUGUACUAAUAUUUUUUUUUAAAUGUUUAGUGUUAUGAAUGAAGUGAGCAAUUCUAAUAGAAGCUUGAACAGGUUUAAGAACAGCCAAUAUGAAUUUAGGCUAAUGCAACAAGAAUGAUUUAAGCAGUUUCUCAAUUGUAAUAAAGUAUCUUUGUGCACUGUU